AACAAAAUCCCAACGCGUCUUCGCUUCAACACGGUGUGAAUUUCGUUCGAAUAACCGAAUACUCGAAGCAGAGCUUGGUAGCAGAGGCAUGUGGGCUUUGAUAAAUACAAGUCUGCACCCAGACCUGUGAUUUCUCAAGAAACCGCCUGUAAAUCACCAGCAAUAUGCCCGGUCUCAUUAGUUCGUCCUCCUCUGCUGGUCCCAGGGCAGCGCCCAAAGCGACCUCCCGUCGUCGUCCAGGGCAAAAUGCUGCAGCCACUGUCGUGAAGCCCAAUCCCAUCGUGCCGGUCGCUGUGAGCGGCACAGCCCCUCCGUCUCCUCCGCCUACACAACCUCAAGCACCAUCAGAUCCAAGACCUUCCGAAGAGGGGUUGCAGAGCUCUGGCCGAGUCGAUCCGGCACCUGGUGUGCACCAGUCGUCAAACGAUAGACAAGACGUGGCCGCAGAUGUCUCGCAAGAACAAGCCCCACUGACCGUAUUUGAUGCCUCGUCAGGAAAUGAUAGUCACACUGUCGUUGAUGGCAACAAAAGAGCGUCUCCUCUAUCAUUUCACGUAUCAUCAAGUCAAGGUAGGCUGGAAGCGCAACAAUUGCACGCCGCUGAUGAACAAGUCAUAUCCCCGGGUCCAUCGCAGAUAGAAAGGAGUGCGGACCAACCUGUGGGAGAUGAAUCGCAAUCAGUUCACGGAGCAGAUGCAUCGAAUUCGCCUAAUGUGGCCGGUGCCGAUGUCCUAGGCAAACGACAGCGCGCAGAUGGCUUGGCCGUCCCCGGCGCUCAAAUUGCCAAAAGGACGAGACGCAGCCCAGUCGCACCUGAAAUACCACCUCAGUCAUCACUACCGCUUGAAGACUAUAGUCAGUCAUCUAUCCCUGAAGUAGAUCGUUCGAGUCAAGAAAACGGGCAGGUUCACGAAGUUGAUCCCGGCAUGCCAGCCAAAAAGCGGAGACAAGCGCGCAACAAUGGAGGGCGCAAUGAGGGUGGUCGGGCUAUCGACGACGAGACAACACCGACAGGAAAUAAAGCGUCGAAGCCGAAAAAGCCACGACAGCGCAAGAAGCCGCCCGCCGCCUCAAAGGCCUACGGACCAGUAUCCGAGCAAAUCGUGCAGACCACAGAGGGCGGUCACGAUGCAACUGGCGACACGGCUACACCAGGCACGAAGGAGAAAGCUUCGGGUGCUGAGAAACGACGACAGAAGAAGUCUGCGCAACCUGUUGCCAGUCCUAAUUUAGAGACCAACUCGCCUGAUCCCGAGCUGCAUGAGAUCGAUCCUCGCGAGUUAUCCAUGUGGGAAUUGAGUCAUGAUACGACACGCGGUAAGACGUCAGAGUUAGGGCGGAGGAUGGCAGCAAUCGACUGGAAGGAAGUCGCUUUGAAGCGACGACUAGAGGAGUCCGGGAUCGCAGUUACACCAGAUCAGACGGGCAGCGGGGUGCUGCUCACCUCUACAGCAGGGCAGAAUGCUGAAGCGAUUGCUGAGGCAGCGGAAGCUGUCAUUACGGAAACGAAUGGCGAAAGCGGCGAUAUCGAACUUCAAAUGGACGCUGACGGCAACAUCAUCGCUAAUGACGAUGCGCUCGUUCGUGUCAUGAAUGCUGAAGCAGAAGCUGCCGCCAACAGCGGAGCGCCUGUGAUGGAAGAGAACCCGCUCACCACUCGUCUGAAUCGCACAACGUGGGUUAAUGCCAACAAACGUGACCCUGCCGAUAGAGUGCCGAUGUGGAAGGGCAAAAGUGAUCCGUGGUCGGAGGAUGAGACUGAUCGGUUUUACGAAGCGCUGGGCAUGUUCGGCACGGAUUUUUUUAUCAUCAGCAAGAUGUUCCCUCCGAAGACUCGCCGAAUGAUCAAGAUGAAAUUCGUGCGCGAGGAGCGCCUCGACCCUGACCGGAUCAAUCGCACCUUGCUCGGAAUGGAUAAGAAACCAAUGGAUCUUGAGCAUUACGCACGCGAAACCGGGAGAGAUGUCGCUGCAUUUUCGAAAUAUGCCACGGUCGAGGAAGCCGACGCGGCGAUGAGAGAAGAGCUCAAAGGCACUGCGGCACGGAUGACGGCGACCAUCGAGCAGGAAGCCGCCAAUGCGGAGGACCAAGAAGAACAGGAGAGGCUGCGUCAGCAAGAGCGAAGUCGUGGAGGAAGGAGGGGCAAAAAGGGCAGACAGAUGGAAGGUGGAGGGAUUGGAGGCGGUGGACCGGAUGACGGCUGAUGUUGAGACUCGAUGUCAUGUUUCACUGUCCAUGUGUCGGUAAAUUCCCUGCAUGAGUAUUGCUGCGCAGGACUUGCGAUCGAGAACGAGUGCGGUCUGCCCUACGGACCCGCAGCCAGUGUUCUAGACGCGAUGUGCCUCGGAACCCAGGACGCGCCCAAGCGGUGCUCAGCCUCGUUGGGAACGACUGUCACAUGCAAUCAGCGGAAUGGAAGCACACUCGUCAAAUUUUCCACAGACGAGGUCUGCUCACGGUUGCUGCAUCGAUGACAUCCGCGGACCAGCGAGAUGGCUGGAUUAAUAACGCAUAGGUAGCCACGUACUCCCGUGACAUUUGGCACAACGAAAUCGUGAUUUCCCAGGGUCUAUCCCCCA